AUGUGCUCAUAUGCUCUACGAGCGUGGGUUCAUCAUCUGGCGCAGGUUUCCAGUUUGCGGACCCGACAGUCGGUCCUCAAGAGGGUUGUUGGCAGAGAGAUUGGUAAUACUUUGACCGGAGGCUAUUGGGCUUAUUCCAACCCCGUGACACGAAGCGUUCAGCCACCGAAAGCACUGCUCACUCUAUUUGCUAGUCAUAGGAUGAUUGAUGUGCUGGAGCCUUCAGACCAGAAUGGUGCAGUCCCCGCGUUGCUGGAAGGAGCACAUGAAGGCCAUCGUCAUGUGGUAAGAGAUAUACUGCACACAUUCGACCUUUCUAGCGACGUGCUGAUCAACACCCUGUCUGCCGCUGAAGCCUCUGGGAACGAGACAUUGCUGAUUGAGAUCGUGGACCAUAUACUUGCGAGGUAUUCCACAGAUUGCGGUAGCCUCUGGCCAGCAGACGUAAUGCGCAGGGCAUCCUGUCUUGGUCUAGAUCGCUUUCUGGACAAGAUGCUCACCCUUGGCUGUCCGGUGGAAACUGAAGCACAGGUGAUGACCGAACCGAGGCCCAUUUCGUUGCUGUACCAGGCUGUCUGGAACUCGCAAAAGAAAGCCGCAAGGGUUCCAUUGCAACAUGGUGCGAAUAUCAACUACAAUACCAUCCAGGACAAUACAGCAAUGCACCUUGCUGCACGCAAUGGAGACGCCGACAUGAUAAAAAUGCUUAUCGAAACAGCAAAGCCUAACCUCGAGGGUACCAGCAAUGAGGGUAGCACCCCUUUAUACCAGGCUUGCACCUGGGGACACCACAAAGUUGCCGAGCUGCUUCCGCAUGCUGGAGCUGAUCCAAACAUGGGUCACCAGAAAGGGGAAUGGUCUCCACUAGCAUCGGCAACCUACGAGGGGCAUCAAAGAUGCGUAGAGCUAUUGCUUCAGAAUGGAGCCGAUCCUAAUUCCUCGAGUCCAAAGGGAUCCGCACUUUUCUGCGCUGCAGCCUGGAGUCACACAAAUCUUUGUCAAAUACUACUUGAAGCUGGGGCAAAGCCAAACAAUCCAGAUGAUGAGACCCCAAUCAUCAUAAACAUUGCAUGCUCUUCCACCAACAAAACAACCCUUCUCGACACCAUGAGGCUACUUGUUGGAAAGGGCACUAAUGUCGAUUCCCAGAUAUCCUCUUCAGGGAUGACCGCUUUGAUGUGUGCCGCCUAUAACACCAGCGGCCCACAGGCAGAAAUCGUUAAUACACUCUUAUCUCGCAACGCCAACGUCCAGUAUAUAGAUAAGAAUGGAGAUCCUGCCCUUUAUCAUUUUGUUACAGUAAAAGGUUCCAACCCUCGUGCUUUGGAACUUCCACUUUAA